UAACUGCCGAUCAGUGGCGUCAGCACUUUCGCAUGUCACGCACCACGUUUGAGUUUGUUCUGCAACUUGUUGAGCGAAGUCUGAGACGAAAGUCUACAGACUGGAGAAAGUCACUUGAACCACGCCGUAGAUUGGCAAUUGUUUUGUGGUGGUAUGCUACCCCUGGCGAAUACCGCACAAUCAGUUGUCUUUUUGGUGUGGGGCUGUCGACUGUUUGUACUCUGGUUCAUGAAGUGACAGCGACAUUGAAGAGAAAACUUUUCAAACGUUUCAUCUCCUUGCCCAGAGUAGAAGCUCUUCAGAACACUAUAAAUGGAUUCGCUGAACGUGUGUAUCCAUUAUGUGCUGGUGCAAUAGACGGUAGCCACAUCCCUAUUAUUGCUCCCCAGGAAGAUGCUGCAGCUUACUACAAUUGUAAGGGAUGGCAUUCAAUUGUAUUUCAAGCUGUUGUCGACCACAACUUCUGCUUCACAGAUGUGUAUGUAGGCUGGCCUGGCCGCACACAUGACGCUCGUGUGUUGUCCAACUCUCCCAUUUUCCAAAUGGCAGAAGAAAAUGGUGGCUACCUGUUUCCACGUGAGAACUCAAGGAUUGUGAAUGGAGUUGAGGUUCCUGUCCAUUUAAUUGGUGAUGCUGCAUACCCGCUCAAGAACUGGCUUAUGAAGAGUUUCACAAAUCACCAUGCGCUGACCCCUCAACAACGGCUGUACAACUACCGACUGAGCUCGGCACGAAUGGUUGUCAAGAACGCCUUCGGACGACUCAAAGGGCGUUGGCGGUGCUUACUGAAGCGCAACGAUGCACUGAUGUCUGAUGUUGUUGCUGUUUCUUGUGUUCUCCACAAUAUUUGUGAGAUGCACGAAAACGUUUCUGCCUGA